AACUAUGUAAGAAAUCCUAUGGACGUUUUUUCACAUGAAUUUAUCAUUAAAUUGCGAGGAUCUGAAUGGAGAUGCUAUGAAAACUAGAGCAUCACUCUAUUGCGAGAAUCUGAAUGUAGACGCUAAAUUAUAUAAUUAAUUGUAGGAAUGGGCCUACAAUUAUGGGCUUAUAUUUAUUGAGUAGAUUUCGGGCCCUAUUAAAGCCCAACUACUUUCCUAAUUCCAUGAUUUACAAUUUGCGUUCAUGUUAUCUUCCCCUAUUUAAGGACCCAAAAGAAAAGAAGAAGCGGACAGUUUCUCUAUUUUUUUUUCUAGGGCUUCAUCUAUCAUGAUGACGAGUAAACUUGACCAGCAAGUCACCAAGAAUAACCUAACCGUGUCCAGACCCAAUAAACGAUCUUCAAGCUGUGGAAGAGAAGUAGAACGCUUUGAUCCAAUUCCCGUUGAUCUCGUCAUCAAUAUCUUGUCAAGGUUGUCUCAAAAAUUUAUAGUAAGGUGUCGUUGUGUAUCAAAGCUUUGGUCAUCCAUAAUUCGCCGUCCAAAUUACAACCAAUUGUUCCCGAUCAAGUCCAUGGAUUUGGCUCCACCGCAGCUUCUUUUCGUCUACAAAGUUGCAGAAGAGUUGUUAUUCAAUUCUUCACCUCAACCUCACAAUCCGAAUAUGAACUCGUCUCUUGUAGCCACCCUUCGUCGGAGGACUUCUAGUACAAAUUUCUCUAAAUUUAGUGGCCAUGUCCGUGGACUGGUCUGUCGUCAGCAUGCUGAAGGAAAUUACACAUUUGCAGUGAUUACUAAUCCCAUCACAGGAGAGUCUUUAACCCUACCCAAACUGAGAAUGGUAGGAUGUAACUCAGAGAGGAAUAACGGAAAAGUAAGAUAUUAUUUUGGGUAUGAUCCAAUCGACAAACAGUUUAAGGUAUUGCGGAUUACCUGGUUGCGUUGCGGCGAACGCGAGUCGUGUGGGGAGUAUCAAGUUCUGGCAUUAGGGACUGGAAAUCUUUCAUGGCGAAAGAUCCAAUGUUGCACACUUCAUUAUCCUCUAGAAGGAAAUGGUAUAUGGAUCAAUGGUGUUUUGUAUUAUCCAGCAGGGUUCAACAACGGAAAAUAUACUGUAGUUUGCUUUGAUGUUAGGUCUGAGAAAUUCAGCUUUAUUAAUAUUGAUAAUUACAUGGCACUAAAGAUGGUAUAUCCCGUGAGUUCCACUUUGAUCGACUACAAGGGUAAAUUAGGUGCUUGUAGUUUUGAUAUUAACAAUAAUGUUUUUGAGUUGUGGGUUUUAGAGGAUGCGGAGGAACAUAAAUGGUUAAAGCAUAUCUACCAAAUGCCCCAUCAAUGGCUGAAUGAAACGAGACAUGAUUUACGCCUUGCUGGAAUGGUUUCUAGUGGUGAAAUUGUGUUGUUCCCAGACUAUACAAGAGAUAUUUUCUUCAUCUAUUACUACAAUCUCGAGAGCAACAUUAUCACAAGAGUAAGACUUGAAGUUCCAGUAUUAGGAAAGUUCAACUAUUGUAGAGUUUACACAUUUAUAAACUUUGUAGAGGCUGUGACACUUAUCUAAGUGUUUACUUCUCCCAAAGACACAAACAGUCUUUUGUCUUCUCUUGUUCUUGUGCGUCUUUUCAGUCUU